AUGGCUCGUCAAGGUAUCCAGUUCAGGUCAAGCAUCGAUCACUGCCUGUUAACUGAUCCAGAUGGAAUUGGAGUAUUCAUUCUCUAUUUCAAGCCUUUGACUUCUUCUCUUACCGACAUGGUAUACCUAGAGACCGUACCAUAUUUUCAGAAAAAGAAAAAAGAGAGAAAAACUUCUUCUGAGCAAGGCCAGCUAAUUUUUGAACAUCCCGACGAAAGACAAGUGAGAUGUUGCAAACACUUCGAGAAAUCGAAAAUUUCAUGA